ACAAAUCAUCCAUCAUGAAGCUGAAGUUGCAGGAAAAGUCAACCUUUAUGGAGAGGUUCAAGAACAAAGCAACUCGGAUGGACAAAGAAGGUCACAUUGGAAUAGUCAAGAGAGCUAAAUAACCCUAUUACAAUCUCUCAGAACAAUAGUUUGAAAAUGCAGCCCUUACCAAGGAAAUCGGCCUCCAAGGAUAUCAUACGGCAUAAGAGAGCAGUUUCUCAUGACUAUUCAAGCCAAUACAAUACAAAUAGGAACAAAUCUUACUCUAAAAGUGGGGAGAUCAAACUGAGAAGACAUAAGCGUGGAAUCAGCUUGAGUGAUGUGGGAAACUCUAUUAUUAACAGCAACGAAAAUUUUACACCUUCAAAUAAAGGACACUCCAAGGGAAUAUACAAGCUUGAUAGUUUCGACGAUCAUGUCUCCCACUACUCUGAGAUGAAGUCCAGAGAUAGAAAUAGAUUACUCAAGGAAGAUGCUCCAAGAUAUAGUAUCGGUGUUCCAGAGACAUCAUCGGUUAAGCUGAAAGUAGAAGAAACUAAAGGAAAGGAUUCUAAUUAUAAUGAUGCUAUGCUGAUUAAUGGAAGGAAGAGUUUGGGCUAUUAUCAAAAGUUUUUCAAAUAAAUUUCAGAAUGAUAUUAACGAUCACAGCAAAAGCUUUAAAAAUUACAGGACCAAGCCCAGGAAUGUGCUAAAUUAUAAUGAGUCCCGCCCAACUCAGAAGCAGUUACAACUAGAAGAGUUUAAUUUAAACCUGAAAUUGAACCGGAUAUCGAAGCAUGGAAAGAAGAACAAUGAGAAAAUCAAAGUUCCAGUUCUGAACAAGGUGUUGAGAAAUAGGCUCCAAAAUUCUCAGAUUGUUUCUUAUGAAACCAAGGGGUCAAGGAUUUCUGACAGUUUUAACCCAUUGACAAAUGAGAGUCUUUUCGAGAAAUUUAAGGCCAAAUCUUAUCUGAAUAAUAAAAGUUCAAUUUCUUAG